CAAAGUCCCACGUGUGAUUUAAUUUUUAUUUUUUUAAAGAUGCUUCUACAAAGUUUGACGAUCUUUAUUGAAAGAAAGAAAAAUUAUGCGUAUAAGCUCGCAUCCUAUACAAAUGAUAAGGAGCUUAACAAGAAUGACCGUGACAACAUUUUAGAUAUUCUAUGUGAGUUUUUAAUGGAUCCAGAAUGUACAGUGGAUGUUGCAGAAUGUUUUCCACAAUUAUUGCCUGCAUUAAUUUCUUCAAGCAUUUCUAUAGACAAUAUCUCUUUCAAUGAUGGGGAUGCUCUUCAUAAGUUAAACUCCGUUAUCCUUGGAAAACUUGUUCACAAAAAUUAUGAUUUAUUAACAUUUGUUUUGCAUUAUUUUGAUGCAAAUCCAGCACCAUUUGAAUCCAUCGAAGAUGAUUAUAGUCCUUCUUCAAAGAGGCAUAACAGAAGAAAUACAGCAAUCGUUACUGAAGUUUCUAAUUAUCAUCUAGUCACUGCUUGCUAUGAUAUUCUAUGUAGUUCGCCAAUGCACUUUAUAUAUACAUGGAAUUGGUCUAAGUUUUACAAAUAUUUAACAGUCGAUGAUGAAUGUGUUAGAUGGGUUGCAAUGAAAUGUAUCGCUAUUGUGUUAGGAAUGUCAGAAUCUUGCUAUUUGUCUCACACGAAUGAUUUUCUUUCAAAGAGUCUACAAUUUUCUAUUAAACACAAAGAAAUUUGUCAGAAUAAUAUAACGUCUGCAGAAACUGGAGAAAUCGAUCGAUUGUUUAAUGAUCUACCAUCUGUAGAAUCUAUUGGAGGAAUUCUGCUUCCAGUUUUUAAAAAUUUGAAACCAAAAAAAAAAUUGAAUUUAAUUCCAGUUCCAUCUGCACAAAGAAAUUUACAGAAUUUAGCUUUUGCGGUAUCUUCUAAUAAAUGUGUAUGUUUACAAGGUGCAGUUGGCUCUGGAAAGACUGCUCUAAUAGAAUUUUUAGCACAUGCAACAGGCCAUGAUGUACAAAAUUUUGCGAAGGUACAGUUAGGUGAUCAAACAGACUCUAAAAUAUUAUUGGGAAUGUACAGAUGUACAGAUAUUCCUGGAGAAUUUCUGUGGCAACCUGGAAUUUUGACAGAAGCUGUGUUAUCUGGUAAAUGGUUGCUUCUAGAAGACAUUGAUUGCGCUCCAACAGAUGUUGUCAGUGUUAUUGGACAUCUUUUGGAAAGCAAAACAUUGUCAGUUCCUGGCUAUAGAGACUGUGUACAUGUAAAAAGCGGAUUUCAGUUAUUUGUUACUAUGAGAUUAGCAUCCAGUGGAACACAAAAGCCAAUGAAUGUGUCUGUGCCAUUUCAGAAACAUUGGUUUAGCAUUAAUGUAGAACCUUUGUCAAAAGAAGAACUUAUAACCGUUGUUCAAACGUUAUUUCCUGUAUUACAUACAGUGGCGACGAGAAUUAUCGACGUAUUUCUACUGUUUUCUGUUGGCAAUCACGACAAUGAUAUUGUAAAUACUGUGAGAAAUGCUAGACAAAUUUCUACAAGAGAUUUGAUUAAGUGGUGUUCUAGGGCUGUUGUUGAUUUUGAUGUAUCUUCACCAGCAUCUGCAUUGAAUAUUUUUCAAGAUGCUUUGGAUAUAUUUUGCUGCUCUGUGCCUAAUUGUGUACAACGAUUAAAUUUGGCAACAUCAGUAGCGCAUAAAUUGGGUAUUGUUAAAACAAAAGCAGAAUACUUUUGUGAAAUGCAUAAACCAUCAUUGAAUCUUUAUAAGAAAAGUCUUACUAUUGGUAGAGUAAAAUUAAAGGUACAAAAACCCGACCGUGUAAAAAUGGAAUUAAAAAAUUCAAACUUCUCUUAUACAAGACCAUCUGUAUGUCUUCUAGAACGAAUAGCUAGUUGUGUUAUGCAAAAAGAAUCUGUCCUUCUUGUCGGAGAAACAGGAACAGGGAAAACAAGUUGUGUUCAAUAUCUUGCACAGAUAACAGGCCAUAAAUUGAUAGUAAUAAAUAUGAACCAACAAAGCGAAAGUACAGAUUUACUUGGUGGAUAUAAACCAGUAGAUUUCAAACUUUUAAUCUUUCCAAUUCGUGAAGAGUUUGAAAUUUUAUUUCGAUCCUAUUUUGCAAUUGAACCAAAUCAAAAAUUUUUGAGUCACAUUGGACAUUGUUUCGAAGAAAGAAAGUGGAAGACACUGACUAGUUUGAUGGUUCAUAGUGCUGGCGCAGCAUUGAAAAGAUUAAGCGCAAGUCCAAGAAAUCAGGAUGUAGUAGAACGUUUACAAAAAUGGGAAAAAAUGGCACAAAAAUUGGAGAAACUUUUGUCUCAAGUGCAAAGUCAGUACUCCUUGGCAUUUUCUUUUGUGGAAGGCAGCUUAGUGAAAGCAUUAAAAAACGGAGAUUGGGUUUUAUUGGAUGAGAUCAAUUUGGCUACUGCAGAAACAUUGGAGUGUCUGUCUGGACUACUGGAAGGAUCGUGUGGAUCAUUGUCUUUAAUAGAGCGCGGAGACAAAGAACCAAUUAAAAGACAUGAAAAUUUUGCAAUUUUUGCAUGUAUGAAUCCCGCUACAGAUGUUGGAAAGAAAGAUCUUCCUGUAGGACUCAGAAAUAGAUUUACAGAAUUUUUCAUCGAUGAGCUUGUGGAAAAAUCAGAUUUGCAACUUUUAGCAAGUUCUUAUUUAAAAGAUUUAAAUCUUCCACCAGAGAAAAUCGAAAGUAUCGUCAAAUUUUAUUUGAAUGUUAGAAAAGAAGCCGAAACUAAUCUUCUUGAUGGAACUGGGCAUAAACCGCACUACAGUUUACGAACGCUUUGUCGGGCACUCAGCGUGUCUGCACAAAAUCCUUGUGGAAACGUAUUGAGAUCUUUAUACGAAGCAUUUUGUUUAAGUUUUCUAACGCAAUUGGAUAGUCACUCUUAUCCUCUAGUACAAAGAAUGAUUGUAAAGGCUAUUUUAACUAAUAAAGCUGCAGCUGCGAUUCUUGGAACUCCAAUUUCAAGACCACGUAGUGUAUCUGCAGAACAUUUUAUAUGUUUUGAAGGAUAUUGGAUUCCUAAAGGUGAUCUUCAGCCACAGAUACCUGAAAACUACAUACUCACAGAAACAGUGAGACAAAAUUUAAAAGAUUUAGUGAGAGUAGUAUCCAUUGGAAAAAUGCCUGUAUUGUUACAAGGUGAUACUUCUGUAGGAAAGACUAGUUUAAUAACAUAUUUAGCCAAAACCUCUGGGCAUGUCUGUGUCAGAAUCAACAAUCAUGAACAUACUGAUUUGCAGGAGUAUGUCGGUACUUAUGUAGCUGAUUCUACUGGAAAAUUAGUUUUUAAGGAGGGUGUUUUAGUGGAUGCUAUGCGUAAAGGAUACUGGAUUAUUUUGGACGAAUUGAAUUUAGCACCCAGUGAUGUUUUAGAGGCCUUAAAUAGAGUUCUCGAUGACAAUAGAGAACUAUAUAUUCCAGAAACCCAACAAUUGGUUAAAGCACAUGAUAGUUUCAUGCUUUUUGCUACUCAGAAUCCUCCCGGAUUAUAUGGCGGAAGAAAGGUACUUUCACGGGCGUUUAGAAAUAGAUUCGUUGAACUACAUUUCGAUGAAAUUCCGCCGAAAGAGCUUCAAGUAAUAUUACACAAAAGAUGUAAGAUGCCGGAAACAUACUGCAAACAAGUAAUUAAUGUGAUGACGGAACUUCAAGUUCGAAGAAAGAGCACCGCGACCUUUGCUGGAAAAAAAGGGUUUAUAACGCUUAGAGACUUAUUCCGUUGGGCUGAAAGAUAUCAUCUUGCACCUGAUACUAAAGGCACUUUGUAUGAUUGGAGUCAACAUCUAGCCGAUGAAGGGUAUUUGGUAUUGUCUUCGAAGGUCCGUCAUCCAGAAGAAUGUUCGGAAAUUAUACAGGUCUUGAAAAAACAUUUGAAAAGAGAUGUCGAUCCAGAUUCUCUAUUUUCACUUUCUGAGAAGACUUCUCCUGUAACCAAACCAAUUUUGGAAUUUCUUCUGUCGAAGAAGAUACCAGGAUUUGAGCACUUAGUUUGGACAUUCCAAAUGCGUAAAAUGGCGGUGCUUCUUACAAAGGCCUGCGAUUUUAAAGAGCCAGUUCUCUUGAUCGGCGAAACAGGAGGUGGCAAAACUACAGUUUGUCAACUUCUGUCAGUAAUUAGACAACAAAAAAUUAGUAUCGUUAAUUGUCAUAUGCACACAGAAGCUUCAGAUUUCCUUGGAAGUCUCCGUCCUGUUAGAGACCAUAAAGAAAGUCAGAAACUGUUCGAAUGGGUAGAUGGCCUUUUGGUGGAAGCCAUGAAAAAUGGCGAUUUCUUUUUAGUAGAUGAAAUCUCUUUAGCAGAUGAUAGUGUUCUUGAGCGACUAAACUCUCUUUUAGAACCUGAACGUAAACUUUUGAUUGCCGAAAAACCGUCGACCGAAAAAAAUGCAACAGUCACUGCAAAUGAAGAUUUUAUCUUUGUCGGUACGAUGAAUCCUGGGGGCGAUUAUGGUAAAAAGGAGCUUUCGCCAGCCCUUAGAAAUAGAUUUACCGAAAUUUGGUGUGAAGGUUGUGCCUCGUUAGAUGAUCUUAGACGCAUUAUGGUACACAAUCUAAAUCAGAAAUUCAAGGAAAGCGUUUCUACAGCAAUAAUAGAAUUUCUUAAUUGGCUACAAACAACAGAAAUAGGAAAGAAACUUAUUGUGAGUGUCAGAGAUGUGCUUACAUGGGUGAAUUUUGUUAAUUGUUGCGAAGGGUUGGAAAUGGGCGAUGCUUUCUUCCAUGGUGCAGCGUUAAGUUAUAUCGAUGGACUCGGAGCCGGUUUGACUGCCACAGAAAAUUCAAAGAAAUUUAAGGAUUUUAAGGGUUCAGCAUUGAAGUUCAUUGAAUAUCAAGUACAAAAUACAUUAAAGUCUAAGCUACUACUGGACUGUGGGGAGUCUGAUGUUGAAGAUCAUGGGGAUAAAUUUGGAAUCCCUCCAUUUUAUAUAAAAAAGGGCGAUGAACAAAUUCCACGUGACACAGGAUUUACUUUUACGAGCCCAAUGACCAAAAUAAAUACUUUGAAAAUAUUGCGUGCCCUACAAUUGGCGAAGCCAAUUUUGUUGGAAGGUAGUCCCGGAGUUGGGAAAACUAGCUUGGUUUCUGCACUUGCGAGAGCUUCCGGACACCGUCUCCUUCGACUGAACCUUAGUGAUCAAACGGAUAUUUCGGAUCUGUUUGGAGCUGAUUUACCAAUUGAGGGGGGAAAGCCUGGUGAAUUUUCUUGGAGAGAUGGACCUUUUCUAAGGGCCCUUAAAAAUGGGGAUUGGAUACUUCUUGACGAAUUAAAUCUUGCAUCACAGUCUGUCCUUGAAGGACUAAAUGCUUGUCUCGAUCAUCGCGGCGAAAUUUACAUUCCAGAGUUAGGAAUGACUUUUGCCGUGAAACCAGGCACUCGGUUAUUUGGUUGUCAGAAUCCUCUCCGUCAAGGUGGAGCUAGAAGGGGGCUUCCAAAGUCAUUUUUGAAUCGUUUUACUCAGGUUUUUGUGAAUGUGCUUGAGCAGGGUGAUCUGAAAUUUAUUUUAAAAGCUCAAUUUUCGGAGUUGCCAGAAGAUUUAUUGAAUAAAAUGAUUAUGUUUAACGAAAAGUUGAGUUCUGAAGUGGGAAUUACAUGGGCACACGCGGGAUCGCCUUGGGAGAUGAAUCUUCGAGAUGUUACCAGAUGGUGCGAAAUAACCAUGGCAGCUUUCAAACGGAGUUCAAUGAAGACCUUUAAUCCUGGAAAAGGCGCUCAAUUACUUUAUGUUGACAGAAUGAGGAUAAAUGAAGACAAAAGCAAGGUGAUCGAGGUAUACAAUAGUAUAUUCUCGUUGGACGAUUAUCCUCUGCCAGAUCGAAAAUUUCCGAUCCAUUUGACGAAAGAAAAGGUUUUCUUAGGGGAUGAAACGUUGGAUCGUAGUGAUUCCGCGGUGUACGGGGACGACGAUUUGCUGCUUCUCAGGGAACAGAAAACUACCCUCAAAGGUCUCGUACAGUGUAUCAACAUGAACUGGAUGUCCAUUCUCAUCGGAGAAUCUGGAAGCGGGAAGAGCAGUCUCGUUCGUCUUCUUGCGAAUUUGGCUGGACAAAAGCUGAAAUCAAUCGUCAUAAAUUCUGCAAUAGACACUACGGAAAUUUUGGGCGGCUUUGAACAGACAGAUUACGAUCGUCAUUUCGAAGAAUUGCUGGAACGCACGGAAACAUUGUUAAUCAAAAUCCUGAGGGAGAAACUGAAUAAAGAGAAUUUAGAUCAGGUGGCUCAUUUCCACGGUCUUCUAGAAAAUGUUCGACAUUUAUCCAAAGGUAACGAGAAAUCAAUGAAAACGACAAUGGUGACGGAAACGAAACUGUUUCUACGUAAAACUGAGAAAUUGUCGCAAUUGAUGUCGGCCAUGAAAACAUUGGAGAGUGCCUGCGAAUCAGAAUUGCAAGAAAUCGAGAAAGAACUGACCGCCCUGUCGAUGGCUGUGGAAAAAGACAAAUGUUUGAACGCUGGUGGAAAGUUCGAGUGGGUUGACAGUGUUCUCGUGAAGUGUCUACAAAAUGGUACUUGGUUACUAUUGGACCAAGUAAAUCUUUGCAGUGCUGCAAUAUUGGACAGAUUGAAUGGACUGUUAGAACCGAACGGUGCUUUGACGAUAGGUGAGAAAGGCGUCGACGAAGAGGGAAACGUAUUCACUAUCAGAGCACAUAAGAACUUCCGGCUAUUUCUUACCAUGAACCCUCGUUACGGGGAGAUUUCCAGAGCUAUGCGAAAUAGAGGCGUAGAAAUCAGUAUUCCCACACCACCGAACGGUCUUUACUGUAAUACUCUAGACGUGGUGUCGCUAUUGAAUAAAUGCGGCAUAAAGAAACUCCAUCAACAGAAUUUAUUAUUGAAAAUUUAUAAGAGUUUGUACGAUAAUCAGUCCAGAAUGAGCGAAGUCUUGCAAGUCGCGUCGUUCACCAGUCAACAAAUAGUGAAAGGAUUUACCUUCGACAAGUCCUUGCGAAAUUCCUAUCACGAAAUAUGUGGUGUGUUCGACGCGAGAUCGAAAAAAGAGGUGUUGAGAAAGGUGGAUGAAAUUUUAUCGGAGAAUUCUGAAAAUAAAGAAACGUUUUCUUACGAUCUGGACGCCAUAACUCUAAGAAGUUCCGAUUUACGAACAAAUUCGCGACUAGCAAUGAUCGAACAACAAGGAUUUCUUCUGAAGACUACCGUGGAAAUGUUGAGAAACCAUUCUGAGAAAAUUGAUCUGCAAGAUUUUUUCUUGGAAUCUCCCAUAAUAGAUACUACGGAAUUUUUAAAACUUCUGUUGCUUGAUUUUUACGAACGAUCUUCCAUAGACGACCUCGAAACUCGACGAGCUUGGAGUUCAUAUAUUUUAUCGAAGAAUGGAUUUGACCAUUUCAGGGAAUUUGGUGAAUUUUUGUGUAAAGAAAUUGGAAAUUUAGAAUACUUAUUUAAGAACAGCUCUGCUUUAGAUGUUCCACUCAGCUUCGUUGAACCCCCCACAGUAUUCAAUAAUUUAGCGAUUGCUUUAUAUUUUCAAUCAGUGAUUCUCGAUUGUCAGUUGCAGAAAGAUAUCAAGAAAAACGAAAAUGUUAUGUGUCUGAAAGACUAUUCGACUGCUGUUUGCUCAGGAAGACUUUCCAGCAACUUAAAAAACGAACCACUAAUAGUCAAAUUUGUAGAAUUAAUCGAACAGUCUGCAAAGACUAUUGACUAUAUACUUCACAGCGAACAUUUGUCGAUGAAUGACAAAGAGUAUGUCGAGUUACGAGAUGGAUUAAAGUGGUUCCGAAGAUUCUACGAAUUAGGAACGAUCGAAUUGAUCGACAAGUCACGAGGGACAUUUUUCGACAUACGAGAAAUUUCUUCGUCUUUGAAAGUUCACUACAAAUGGCUGGUGAAGCUAUUCAAGACGUUGUUUGCGCUUUUGGACAUAAAUUCCUGCAAUGUAAAAAUGCACUCCGAGUUAGCAUAUUUUACUCUGAAAUAUUUAAACAUAACGAUCAACGCGGAUAAAUUCAGAAAGAUUAGAAAGAAGGUUAAAAAUUUUUUGCCGAUUCCGUCGCCCCAUUUCUCCGAGGAUUCGAUCACUUUCCACGAAAAACUAAGAUCGAUUUUGAGAAAAUGUGAAAUCACCGACGAGGACUUGGCCGAACGUUCAAAGACGAGAUUGAAAAUCGUUUCGCUCGGACUAGCGGAAAAUUUAAUAAUAAGAGAAAAAUUGAUAGGCAUCUGUGCCCAAAACUUUAUAGAUAGUCGUGUAAAUGCAAACAUGGCCGACAAUUUGCUGGAACUGGAGGAUUUAUCUACGAAGAUCGUAGUGUUCAAAGAAUUGGACGAGAGUUACGUAAAAUUUAAUAACAAUUUAUCUGAAAUCGAAGUAUGGCCCAUUUACGAGUUCUUCUUCUUACUGUUUACGUACCGCUUCCAAAGAAAACUUUGCGAGCAAUUUUCUAACGAUUUUUUCCGAGAAAUUGAUGAGAACUUCAAUGAAAACUUACCUGAAGAUUCCUCAAUGAAUAAGAAAUUUGAGAAGAUUUUCGAAGAAAGGGUUUUCCAAAAAUUUGAAAAGAUUCCGAGCAUUCCAGUGCAUUUAAUAGGUUUAAUGAAGACGUUGAACUCCGAUGAUACUUCACUCAAGAGAAGAAUUCUCUUAUUUCCCGAAUUGCUUUCCUUGGUAGAAGAAUUCUCGAACCGAUCUCUUGCUGUGAAAUAUCACGAAGACGAUGAAAUGGAAGGCGAUUCUAAUAAUUCAGAGAUAAAUUUUGUUAAUAAGUCGAGUCUCUGUAAACGUAUUUUCGAAUUGUUCUUAACAAAAUCUGGAAGCCAAAGACAAACAAUAAACUUUGGUAAUUACAAAAAUAAAAAUAAACUAUUAAAAACAGUACAAACUUUACUGUGGAGAAAUUCUUUGGUUUUUAAUUUAAAAGAAUUCAAUUUAUCCACAAACGAUUCGAUUCUCCUGCAGUUUUGUAUAAAUUAUUACACAUCUACUGUCGCGAAAGCAGUAGACACCUAUGCGUUAAAAUUAAACAAAAAGGAACAAGACGAUUUGGAAAACCGUCUCUUGAAACCGAUGAAAUCGUUGCAAGAAAUCGAAGAGAAAUUAAAAACCGAAGACAACGCUGUGGAAAGGGGGAAAGGAUGGUUGAUCCUCGGCUACCUACAAAUCUUUCUGUUCCACGAUAUAGGGUUUAUCGAUCCCGUUCGAAAGGUCGCUCUGAAAUCAAAAUACAUAGGCGAAAACGUUUCGGAAUUAAAAUGUUUAAUGCGCGUUAAAAGUUUGCAAACUAGAAUUCUCGACGCUUCUGCGUCUCAAAAUCAAAUUUUGUCGAACGAAGAUCAUCUGAGGAGAUCGUCGACGGAAGCGAAAAAUUUCGAAAAUUUCCAAGCGGUCAGACCGUCGUCUAAUUAUCAGAAUUUGAGAAAGGAAAUUGAAAAUUUCACCGACAACAUAGGCUCGUCCGAAUUAAUCUUCCGACAUACCAAUCACUUAAACGACGUGCUCGAAGAAAUGCAGAGAACAGGAACGCCGCAUUUAAACCGGGAAAAGUUGCACGAGGCGACGAUCUGGAAGAAAUCGUUGCAAAGGUUUUCAGGAAAAUUAGAGAAGAACUUUCUGAUCGGUUUCCCUGAUCUGGUGACCCCGAUGAUUUCCGCGAUCUGGAAUCUGCAUCACGGAGUAUCGAUUUUAAUGCAACAAAUAUCAACUAUGCAGUAUCAGAGUUCGAACGCGGACGUUUGCUAUAACUUGCUGCGUUUUCCAGCGAUCGGUUCAUGCCAGGAGAAUUAUCUAAACCUGGUGAAACUGUGUGCUUCCGAAAAUAUAAUUUUCUUCCUGGGGUCACAGUCUAAAUCGAUGCCCGUUCGAGAGAACGUAUUGGCAAUGACCAAAGUAGCGCUGGAAGAGCUUGAAAAUUUUACCGCCUUCGCUGGAACAAGUUUGCAAUCGUUCUGGAACGAACUGAACAAAAUCUUCCUGAAGGUUCGAGCUCUUUGGAGGGAUCAAGAGGUGGAGAGAGAAGAGGAAAUGCAAGAAAAACAAAGUCUCUUUCGGACUAAGUCAGAAAAAGAAGAGGACGAAUCGAAUUUCAAGGAAGCGUUUCCAGACUUCCAGCAGGAUUUCCUAGAUCUGGCAGAAAUACUUCCGAACUUCCAGCAGAAGUCUUUGGAACUCCAAAAAGUCCCAAAAAGCGUUUCGAGCGAGAAGGAACGCUUCGUCGAAUUAAUAUCUUUGAAAGAUGCUAGAAAAAUUCGAGACAUUCAUUGGAAUAUUUUAAAGAAUUCUGACCGCGGUCAGUGGAACUUAAGCGCUUCAGACUGUUCGAAAAAUAGGUGCCGAAACUCUAACAAUAAUUUGGAAAAUUCUGACAUCUACCAGGAAGUUAACUUCAUCGAACCAUUGGCUCAGAGGUUUGAAAUGCUUGGGUUCGCAAUGGAAACGUUACCAGAGAACAUGUCAUCGAAAUUAGUGUGCAGUUUGAACGUGUUGAUCGCACAGAAAACCAAUUUUCAGAAUAGGGCAGUUAAACGAGACGUUUAUGAUUUUUAUAGAGACCCAAACAUUGUAGAAGUCGAGGAAUGUCAACCAUUCGUUGAAAGACUUUCCGAAAGAAUCGACAGCUUUCUGAUGGAAUGGUCGGAAAACCCGAUUUUGAAAUCGAUUAAAUUGAUUAUAGAUAGACUGCUUAGUUUUGAAGUUGAUACGUCGUUGUUAAAAUUUUUAGUGGGCGUCGAAUUGCUCUUGACAAAGAUUCAACAAUGGGAAGAAAAUGCACGGCACGAUGUUAGUCUUGCAGAGUUCAUUGAAUUCUUUGGCAAAAAGAUACUGAAUUGGAGGAAGCUCGAGAUCUCAAGAUGGAAGGACUCGUUGGAGAUUCUUGAAGACGAUUUGAGAACCGAGGCUUCACGAUGGUGGUUCUUUUUGUUCGAUUUGGUUGAUCAGCAUCUUGACGAAAACUCUGAAGAAAUGGAAAACGCUGAACUCUCGAAAGAAGGAGCAACUGAACAAACAGGAGACGUAGAAAUACAGAGAAAUUCGAAUAAAAGCAAUAAUAUUCCAAAGGGGAAAAUUACAGAAAGCUUGGAACGCUUCUUAGCAGAAUCGUCUUUGAUUGAAUUCGAGCCAAGACUUCAGUUAAUCUAUCUUUUCUAUCAACAUAUUGGUCACUUUAGAGAGACUAAAAAGCAAAAGGAAUUGGCUGCCAUAUUCUGGAACGUUCACCACUACUACGCUCAAUUCUUGAACGACGUGAAAAAUAAAAUAAAAGCUUUGAAAGAGCCUAUUGCUAGAAAACUGAAGGACACGAUCAAGAUUACAAGAUGGAAUGAUAUUAGCUAUUGGUCUGUGAAGAACACCGCCGAGAAGGCACGUAGAACUUUGCACAAAUUUGUGAAAGAAUUUCGAAAAGGAUUGCAAGAAAAUGUUGCUGCUUAUUUAACUCUGAAAACAAGAACAGAAAAGUUGGGGACAAGCUAUAAAAGAGAUUUUGUGUCAUCUGAUUUUCUAGUUGACCUUCCAUCUAGAAAGUUAAACAAAAUUGAAAGGAUAGUUCGCAAAGCUCGUGAGUUUUGUCAAAACAUUGUUCAUAAAAGCAAUUACUCUGAAAUUCGAAAGGAGAUCGAGAUUUUUAUAGAAGACACGCUUGAAGAGAGCGGAAGGUUAAAGAAUUUGGAAGUCGAUAAAACUUUGACAAAAGGCAAGCAACAGGCGCAAUUGAAGAGCAUGCUCCAGCAGAAAAAAAUGGCAUUGGCUAAUUACUUCAAAACAUUAAGUCAAUUCGGACUUUCGUACCGAAUUGGAAUCUUGACUUGGAAAAAUAGAGAAUAUGAGAUCACGAACUUCGCAUCGACGCCGUUAGAUUUGCAGGAAAUUCAGAGAUUCGAAUUUAGGAAAAGCUUUAGCGAUAAAGUUGACCAUGGAUUGAUCGAACAAUGGUCUGAUUGUAACAAGUAUUAUUAUGAAUCUUUGAUUAAAUUGAAUUUCUUAAAUGGUAUCUUAAAUUCUGGAAAAAGCGACCUCGGGAUCCAAAAUGCUGAACGUUGCCGUGGAUUUUCAGCCCAUCUUAUUUUACUGGCUCAUCGGCAGAAGGAGAGAAUCGCCAAUUUCGUUAAAUAUUUUCUUCCGUUUAAAAUUCAACUGUUAAAUCUCACUCUAAUAAUGGAUGACGCGAUGAAGACAAAGAAUGCUUCAAACGUUUCAAAAGAAAGUGACAAGUUAGAAACGACAGAAUGUAGCAUUUCUAAAGUACUUGAGAGGUUGAACGUUCCUAAACAAAAAGAUUUGCAUGUUCUCAUGCAAAAUUUCCAAGAAUUGUUAAUAAUAUUACAAAUAUCUACGAAGCAAAUUGUUGUCUUCUUGGAAAGUUAUCCAGCAGAGGCUCUCGAAGCAGAAAAGCUUCUCGAUUUAAAUGAAACUGCAGUUUCUAUUUUAAAUGAAGAUAAUGUUGUUGCAGCUUCGAUUACCUCGAUGAAAGACUCUCUGAACAUAAUUCAAAAUUUGUCGGAUGAGCUGAACUCGUGGAUGAUAAUUUCAAAAAGAGUUGAAACAUCAGGACAAAUUUUCAUCUUUCAUCAAAGACACGUCGACUUCCUUCGAACAAGUUACCAGAAAAUCAAUGAAAUGAAACAGAAAUUAAUUGAUCUUGGUCUUACAUUUACAGUGAAUCAUCCCAUCAUUGAAAACCUUAAUUUCAUGGUAGAAAAGAUUAAUGAAAGCAUCGGUUCUUUCGAAGCAAUAGUGAAUAUAUCGGUCGAGGAAUCAGAGAGAUCUGGGAACUUGGAAGGAUAUCGAAGAAAUUUAGACACCUUGAUCACGCAAGUUCUUCUUGUCAUUCAAAAGAAGCUUCAAGACAGCCAGAAAUCGUACGAAGAAACAAUUAACCCUGAAGAAGAAUCUGCUGAAGAAAAUUUCGAGGAAAAUCUCAUGACAGAAAGAUUGAUAGAAUCCUUGAAAAAAACCAUUCCAGAUUUACGACUGAUCAGGAUAUCACGGGUCUUUGGAGAACUACUGCAAACUAUUUAUCAACUAGAUAUUAAAUCUACGAAUUAUUGCAUCAGGUCGCUCCUAGAGUAUCUGCCUCUGCUGAAACAAUACAUUCUUUUCCUACAAUAUUAUUUACACGAACAAGUGGCUUCAUUCCGUCUAACUUGCAAGUUUUUAUACCUGCAAUUAAGUGUCUUCCUCGACUUAGCAACGAAUGGCUUUUGUCAGCCAGAAAAUACAAAUACUUCUGAAAACGAUCAACAGGGCGAUACAUCUGAGGGAGGCGUGGGAUUAGCUGAUGGUGAGGGUCAAAAAGACGUCUCCGAAAAUAUCGAAUCAGAAGACCAACUGGAAGAAACGAAAUGUCCAAACGAGGAGAAAGAAAAUAACGAGGAGAAGGACGUAAAGGAAGAAGAAAGUGGUAUUGAAAUGUCAGAGAAUUUCGAUAGCCACUUACAAGACCUCGAGCAAAACGAAGAAGACAAAGACAACGACAAAGACAAGGAUCUUGAUAAAGAAAUGGGCGAAACUGACGAAAAUGCCGAUGAGCUCGACGAGGAGAUUUGGAAAGAUGACGAAGAAAAUGAAGACGAUGAGGCAGACAAUAAAGGCAAAGAAGAUGAAAAAGAAAAGAGAGGAAGUGGACAAGAAACUGGUGAGGAAGAGUUGAGUAUCAAAUAUGACAACGAGGAUAAAAAUGAAACCAAAGAUGAAGAGCCAGAACAGGAAGGUCGAAGAAAAGAAGAAGAGAAAAAAGAGAUCAAUGAAUUCGAAGAACCUGAAGUAGAUGAGAAUCAUAUAAAUCCUUAUCAUGGAAAAGAUCAACCAGAAAUUGAACCAGAACCAUUUGAUCUUCCAGAAGAUGUUAAUUUGGACGAUGAAAUGCAAGAUGACAAGGAAAACGGAGACGAAGAAAAUCCUUUUGACAUUGAUCAAAUGAAAGAGUCAAAAAUUCCAGAAGAAACAGAAACCGAGGAAUCCAAAGAAGAAGAAACUCAAGAGAAAACGGAACAACAGGAUUCAACUGAUAGUGAAGACGAAGAAGAAGAGGAAGGUUUAAAAAAGGAUAGUGACAAAAGAAAAGAGAACAAAAAUACAGAUAAUGAGGAAGACAAACAGAGUGAUUCAGAACAACAGAAUGUGGAGGAGGAGAAAGAGAAGGAAGAAGAAAAAGUGUCACCUAGCUUUGAUAAAAGUAGCAAAGAAGUCGAUGCUGCACAAGAAAUUGAAAUUAGGAAAGAUGGUUCUCAAGAUGCAGUAGAAAGUCAAUCACAUGAAGAGAAUUCAGAAACUAAUCCUACAGAAAUGAACACAGAUGAGAAGAAAGAUAAAGGCACUGGCCAGUCGCAAACAGAAGAACGCGAAGGGCAUUCAGGAUCUAAAAAUGAAAAAAAUGUACCUAUUUCGGGCGAAGAAAACUCUACGAAACAAAGGGAAAGACGAAGAAAACCAGGCCAAAGUGACGAAAAUCGUAGUUUGCUCGACGAAGUUCAACCGUCUGCGAAAAAAUUAAAAACAAUUUCAAUGCAACAGGAAUUAGACGAUCACAACGAGGAAGAAAGUAAUACUGAUCGUGGCGGCGAAACUGAAACUUACGAGCAUAUUAAGAACACAGAGCAAUUUGAUGAUUUUGUGUUUGAUGGUGCAACCGAAGAACAAGUUAAGAAACAAGCCUCGAAUUUACAAGAUGAAAACGAUCAAAUGGACGAUGAACCAGAGGACAAUGACAUAGAAAUGCAGGAUGAUGAACCAAUAGUAGAGGAAGAAAAGAGCGAAGUGGAGAAAGAACAUUCUGUAAAAGUACCAGAAAGUAAGAAAGAGAAGUCGACAGAUGCUAAAGGCGAAAGAUCGACUGAUAUUGAAAAGAUUAAAGUAGGUGGUGAAGUUGAAGGUGAAACGGUAGAAACAACUCGCAUUUUACGUGGAAACGAGUCUACUAUUCACACAAAAUUAUCAGAGACAGAGAUUCACGACGUAUCGGUACACAAUAUCGUAGAAAAGAGAUCUGAAAUUGAAAAUUUGCUUACUCUAUGGUCUCAUCAAUCAACGUCAGUUGAAGCAGCAAAUGCUUGGAGUUCGAUAAGUGCGUUAACAGAAUCAGCUGCCAGAGAAUUGUCCGAAAAAUUGCGGUUAGUAUUAGAACCAACGUUAACGUCCCGUUUGAAAGGCGACUACAGAACUGGUAGACGUAUAAACAUGAGGAAAGUGAUUCCGUACAUUGCCAGUGAGUUUCGAAAAGAUAAGAUUUGGUUGAGGCGUACGAAACCAUCGAAGAGAGACUAUCAAAUCGUUCUAGCGAUUGAUGAUUCCAGUAGUAUGGCUGAUAGCCAUUCAAAGGAAUUAGCUUUUGAAUCUCUUUCGCUAAUUGGCAAGGCUAUGACUUAUUUAGAAGUUGGGCAACUUGCCGUUCUUAAUUUUGGAGAACGAGUGAAUAUCCUUCAUCCUUUCAAUGAAAACUUUACAGAAGAAUGUGGUGCGAGAUUAAUUCAAGAGAUGAAAUUUGAACAGAAGAAAACAAUGAUCGGCCAGUUGCUUGAUUUCAUAAUAGAAAUGUUCACAACUCAAAAUAAUUCUGAUAAUGCAAAAUUAGUGACCAUUUUAUCAGAUGGCAGAGGAAUAUUUUCUGAAGGAAUAGAGAAAGUGAAUGCAGUCGUGAGAAGGGCCAAAUUAUUGAACAUUUUCCUCGUUUUCGUAAUUGUUGAUAAUCCCCUUAACAAAGAUUCAAUACUUGAUAUAAGGAUGCCAGUUUUUGAAAAUGGAAAAUUAUUGGAGAUUCGUUCGUACAUGGACAAUUUCCCAUUCCCGUUUUACAUUAUUCUUCGAGAUUUGGAUACCCUGCCUAUCGUCUUAAGCGACGCGUUACAACAAUGGUUCGAAAUUGUUGGUAGAAUUGAGACAUAA